AUCCCGGCGCGGGGCGGGGCGGGCGCUGCGGGGCCGGCGCCUCUGGGCGGCGCUGGGGCCGCUCGGUGCCCCCCAAUGCGCGGGGCGAGGGGCGGCAGCGGCCGGGACUUGCUCGUGGUGGGGAAGGGACUGUCCAGAUAUUCCACAAGACAGUGUAUUUCGGGAAAAAAUAGAGAGUCUCUUCCAGCAGUUUUUGAGAGACAUGUGCAGGAAGCCAUCAACAAUUAUACUUGUGAAACUCUUUCAUCACUUUCAUCUAGUGGUUGUACAGCACCCACAGAGUUGAAUAACUCUUGGUCUGGAAUAAACAGCUGUACUACCGAUUUCUCUACUGAAAGAAGUUCAGUUUACUCCUGGAGGGAUGAUGAAUUUGAUAAAGCCAGCACACAGAGAGUGCAUCAGUUAUUUUGGGAGAUUGAUGAAAUGCUUUUUGAGGGAAAAGUGACUUCCCAAACUGAGAACUUGCAGGCAGAAUGUACAGACUGGGUUGAACAAUUUCCUCAUCUAAGAGUUCUAGGAAAGCAGCUCCUACUGCUGAAUGAUGAAGGCUUUCAGCAUUUUCAGAGCAAUAGUCAUACCUCUGUGGAUACUAAGUGUUCACCUGGCCUCCGUGAAUGUACUACUAAUGUAAAAGAGCUCUGCGUAUCAGGUUCUAAGCUGAUUCCAGCUGCCUCUCCAAUACAUAAAUCGCUAGAUUCAACUUCCACUAGGAUUUCUGCCUCCGAGUCAUCCAUGUAUUCAUUCCUGGAAGAAGAAAUCUAUGAUGUGGAUGGAAAAAUAGAAGAAUAUCUUGCCUUUGACAAUGAGGAACUUGAUGAUGAAAGUUGGGAACAAAAGAAAAUACGUCUUGGUGAGGAGAAGAGAAAUAAGCGUGGCAUUCCCCCCGUUUCUCCAAAUGCCUGUAUCAAAGAUGCUGUGGCUUCUGAAGUAUUUGAUUGUAUCUGGAGCAAUGUAAUUGCAGUAUUGGAGGAACUGAUGAAAAAAUAUUGGAAAAGUAGUAUCACAGAGGGUGAUGAGCAAGUAGAAAACCUGAAAGCUGUUACAGCAAAACUGCCGCAUUUGCCAGUUGUUCGUAUUACAGCAGAUGCUGGGAACGUUCCUCUUUCCAGAGACUCUGAAGCACGAAGUGUAUCUUUUGGGUCUCAUCUUGUUUCCUCACAGGUUCACCGUUUCUCCAGCAACUUCUGUAAUGAUUUGAAUGGUGUGAUGACAAUUCAAGCAAAACCACUCCAACAGAGGCAUGUUGCCAGAGUAGAAAAAGUACAGAAUGAGCAAGAAGACAAACAGCAUAGCAUUGGAUCUUGUGCUCGAAAUUCAGUGCAUACUAGGUUGGGGAGAAUUGUGGAUAACAGUAUUCUCUCAACAUCUCGCAUACGGCUGGCAUCUUCUGGGAAGCUACCAAGCCAUUGUAGGUUACCUUCUCUCACUUCUGACCAGCUCUCCUCAAAAGCUCCUAAAAUAUAUGAUGAUGAAAUCCUUAGGGGGAUUAAAUUGGGUGCCAGCUUGGAUCGUUUAUCUUCUGCUCGCACACCUACAACCCGGAACAGGUUACCACCAAUAAACUCGGAGGCUGUUGAACAGUAUCUUCCAGUACCUCGACUGCAACAGAGCUUUCAACGAGGACGAUAUGCUCGUAGUAGAGUAUCAAGUGCAGUACCUGGCAAUAUAGAACAACGGCCUCUCAGGGAAAGAACUGUUACUGUUGGUCAAUUUUCAAGGCCCAACACAACUCAUACGUUCAGGACAGAUACACUUCAGAAGAUGCCACUGACUCCCAUGGAUUUUGUCAACCACAGAGGGACAGGUCAAGGAUUUUUAAUAGGCUCACAGCAGUACUACCGAUCCUUUCAGAGAAAUCCUCCAACCUUGAGGAAGAGAUUUCAGAUUGCUUCUUAACCCAUUUUAAGAAGACAUGGAAACACCUUGCACUGAGUGGAAGACUGAAGUGCUGAUUUUGCCAGCUAGUGUCUGGAGUGACAAGAAAAUAUGUGCAGGGUGCUGGUUUCUGAUGAGCGUUGCAAUUCUCAGGAUACCUGCAUUGCCUUCUUUUGAAGUUGUCUGAUGAGAGAUUAGAUUAAAAAUUAUAGCAAAAUUAAAUAAAAGGUCUGUUCUGUUUGCAAAUUCAAGAGGCUGCUGCUGCUGUACUUUCUUCUCAGGUGUUUCCUCCCUUUUCUGUCUUUCUUUAGGGAAUUGUUAUUCUACCUAUAGAGGCAAAUAAGUUAUGUUUAGGCCAUGAAGUCCUGUUCUCAGUUUUUUGUGUUUCCUCAGUAUUAAAGAUGUUCUAGUCUAUUCAAACUUCAGUUAUGUUUAAAAUCUAUGCUUUUAAACAGAAGUUUGUGGUAUCUCCUCUUUAACUACUGUUUUAACAUUUCUCCAUUUUGCAGUCUGUCUGCUUACUGUAGUUGCUUGCUUGUAAAUGUCAUUAUCUCUACUUUUUCUUCUUCCUUUAAUUCUUUUGAGAUGGAAGUAAUUUGUUGCUUCUACUUAAACUGUUGUAAUCAUCAGUAACUAUGGGAACUGCUGGGAUAAACUUUGUUUAUAGGAACCAAUGUUUACCCUGCCAGGCCAAAUAUGUUUGUCGAUGUUGAGCAGUCAAACUUGCAUGCUGACAAAGUAAUAAUAUUUGGAAAUAUUCAAGCCUUCAAAGUUCUAAAAUGAAAAUCUGUACUCAGCUGAUGAAAGCAUUAUUUCAUACCUUUUUGUGUAGACCCAAAUGGGAAGAUCAAAGAGGAGACUAGGAUUGUGUUCUGUCCAGAGACUGCAGCCCUCAUCAGGUCCCUGAUUAUUAGUACUGUGUGCAUUUGCAGUCAGGGAUUCCUCCUCCUGUCAGAGAGACAGCAGUUUUAAGUAGAUGUGGUUGAAGAGUUGUUGAAGGGGAAAGGUGAAGAAAACCUUAAUUAUUUGCCCGAAUUGUGCAGUUAAGAACAGAAUCCAUUUCUUCUACUUGGAAACUAAUGCUAGUUCUCCUCACUUCUUUUUAUGAAUUUUCAAGGAUUUGUAAUUCAAGGCAAAGCAUUUGUAAUAUAUAUUUUAUAUCUGUACUAUUAAUCAGAUUUCUGCUUUUUUUUUUUUUGUAAAUGGU